UGAAACGGGUGUUACUGCCGGAAGUGACGGACGUCUGUCAUGGUUGCAGCCGGUCCGAGUUUCUGACCAAACUUUCAUUUUACUCUGCAAACCCUGUGAUAAUGGCGACGUUUUUCGGUGAAGUUUUGUCGGUGUGUUCUCGGGCCGUGGAGGAGGAUGACGACGACCUCGAUGAAAACGAAGAAGACGAGCAAAUCCGCAGAGAACUGGAGGAAAAGAGGGAGGUUCAGCUGCUCUGGAGCCCUGAGGUCUCCGAGUCCCUGAAGUCCGGAAACAAGUUACAGUGUUCAGACUUCAUCCUCGCUGUGGGACACAACGCUGCCAGGUUUCUGUCGGUGUACGUUCUCACCUCUGCAAACUGGGACGCAGUGGGACACGCGUCGGUGUGGAACGAGAGGAGCCGGGCUGUGACCGAGCAAACCAGCGUGGACUCGGCAUGCGUUUUCUACAGACGGAAGGACGACCCGUCGGUUUUGAUAUGCCAGGUGACCUGCCACGUUGCAGAGGACCAGCUUUUUCAGUGGACAGAGAAGGUUUUUGACUGUCUGCAGCACAGAGAGCUGAAUGUGACUGUGCUGUCUGAUUGCCCUGUGGCCGAGUUCAAGACGGCAGACUAUCUGCGCUGUAGCUCCGCCCCCUUCCUGCGCUCCCUCCACAGCGGUGCUUUCAGUGGUCAGUCAGUCUGCCGGUCACUGGAGCAGCCCAACAUAGUUACUGGACUCCCGGCUGCAGUACUGAACCACUGCGAGGUCCACCGCAUCGCCGCUGUUGUUUACCAGUGUUACAGUGACGUGAUCGGCCCGGACUCUGUCACCAUGGAGACCUACAAGCCUGCACUAACCAAGCUUGACAAGUCCAUACAGUUGGACUGGUCUCCAAGCACAGACGUCCUCCGCAAGUUUGUCACCAACACCAACAUUCAGAGUAAUCUUUACAUCUGAAAACGGACACAUUACACUUAAUGCAGUUUAAUUCUAUUUUCCUGUAGUAAAAUACUGUCAUUUUUUAAAUAAAGAAAUUAAGUAUAAAAAA